AUGCGAGAGGUUCCCUCGGACGCCAUACAACGAAAUGAGCCACUGCUUGGGGAACAAAGAGAUCUAUUUGAUAUCUUGUGGGAUGCUAUAGAAGCUAUGGAUACUAUGGGUAUCUGUUUCAUCCCUUUGGAUAAGCUGGAAAUGGCCAGGAACCCUGCACUAGUCGAACGGGCCCUCCGGGGCAAAGAUGGAGUCACCCAGGACAAGAUCCCCGAAGUCCUCGACACGAUCUGCCCCAAGACCUCUACAAAAAGCUCACCUUCGUUUUUCAGAAUACUUUCUAUCUUGGUCCUCUGCCAAAGAACCGGAUAUAUCCAAAAGUUUAUCGACCUAGGCGUUAACGACUCCUUUCUUCCCUUCCCAGAGUUGAGGCGAAGGGUUAGGACGACCCACUCUGACAAUACGGAGCGGCAGAGCGUCGAAGAGGUCAACAACAGGAAGCUGAAGGAGAUAUUUCGAGAUAAAAGUCAUUGGGGCCGCAAUGAACUCGAGACUUUUGAGACGCACCAGUGGCGGGCUAUCUCACCCUUCCUUUACCGGAAAAGAAACUCGAUCCCUCAUUUUGUCCUGAACAGCAAAGACGUGCUGCCUUUUACCAGAACUGGACCAGGCGAUCUAGCUGGUAACAAAACCGAGGUUCUAGAUGAGAAUGAUAAUAUCCUUCUAUCUGGCGGUUUUGGCGAUGUGGAUCUGGUGGAGAUACACCCAUCGCAUCACGACUUCAGCGCCAAAUGGCAAGGCCGCGGUUCAUCCAAGGACUCAUUUGCACUGAAGCGUCUCAGAUCCAUAAACGAGAAUGAUUUCAAGAUGGAGGUGAAAGCUUUUCGGAAGUACGACUUUAACAUUCACCAACACUUCAUCCCCUUGCUGGCCACCAUCGAGAUUGUUCGUGAGGGCGCAAUUGACAAUCGUGGGUGGAAAUAUGCUCUGCUCUUCCCCAAGGCUCAAGGGAACCUGACAAAUCUCUGGGAACGAAACUUCAACAACAAUUCUCUAAGUUCGGCAUUACCCUGGAUGGCCAAGCAAUGCUUCGGCUUAGCGGGAGCUGUCUCGCGACUUCAUAGAGAACAAGAUACUUACAAAGAGGAGGACCAUCCCAUCUAUGGUCGUCAUGGCGACAUCAAAGCCGCCAACAUCCUCUGGUUCCUAGAUCCCGAGGUCGAGGGUCCUUAUCCAUGGCAUCUGGUGAUCGCCGAUUUCGGCUUGACAGAAUUCCACAGAAACGUAUCAAUCUCUCUUCAAACCGCAAAUCGGGUAAAGAAGACAGUAUCAUACCAAGCCCCGGAGUUUGAUGUCAGAGGCGCGAGGAUCUCCCGCCGCUCAGAUAUCUGGGCACUUGGAUGCACGUUUCUGGAAUUCGUUACUUGUUACAUCGAAGGAUUUCAAGCAGUUUCAGAGGAAUUUCCUAGUUGCCGUGGCGAAAGGGACUCGCGGAUUAUGAAUUUCUACGAGGACAAGUUUUAUCGCAUUAUCAACGAUGGCCAAGAAGCAAUAAUCAAGCCUGGCGUGAAGGAUUGGAUCUCAAGGCUCCGCGACCACCCUAGAUGCACGCCUUUUCUCGAGAGCUUUAUCGAUUUCAUCGAGGAACAUAUGUUCCAAAUCGUACCAAAGAGUCGUCCGACGGCGGACGAAGUCGUCAAAAAGCUGGAAGAGUUUGUCAAGCACGGCUUAAGGGACAGAAGCUUUAUGGAAGGGAACCAACGAACGGACUCAUGA